AUGGCCAGGUGUCUUUCACCUCGAUUUCUCCUGUUGUUCGUCGCCAUUUUGGCCGCUGCAGCUGCGGUGGGGGGCAGCGCCGCUUUAAUGGAUCUGAACCGCCUGGUCACAACGGUUGCCGGCUCCAACACCUUCACCGGGACGGUGGAUGGGUUGCCCGGCGUGUCAAGGCUGCGGCGUCCUUUUGCCCUCUGCAGAGGCGAAACCGCGGACGAGAUUCUCGUGGGCGACGGCGAGCUGUUCCGCACCUACUCUCGCAGAACCAUGCGGUUGGGGACACUCUUUGGUGGCGGCGGCUCCGCGGCGACAGAUGGACCGUUUGAGCAGGCGAAGCUCUUCGGUCCGCAGGGUUGUGUGCGUAUGGACUUUGGCGACUUUUCGGUGGUGUACUUCGUCGAAGGACAGAGAACGCUGCGGUACUUCACCAACAGAACCGUGAGGUCUUUGGAGCUGCAAGGAGGCGGCUCCUUUACUGAUGUGACGAUCUACAACAACAUGCUGUACCUGACGGAUUCGAACAACGGCGGUGUGUGGAGUUGCAGCAUUGAAUCUGAUGGAGUGCCGUCUGGGUGCUUCAAACGGGUCGGCUUCUCGUGCGGCGUCAACCAAUACCAUGCCAUUACCGUGACUGAACAGGGCGUCUUCGUUGUCGGUAAAGGAUCGUCGACGGUGUUCGCGGGUAUCUGCUGGUUCAAUAUGAACGGCGCUAUUCAGGGGACGCUGCCGGGACGCUACGUUGAUGUCUUCAGCCUCAGCGGCGGAAGGCUCUAUGCGGCGAUGCCCAGAGAGCUGUACCACGUGAGCACGGCAGGCACAAAUCUGACAGCCGAGCGCUUUGUGGGUAACUCAACGCAGCAGUGCCCACCCGCCGCGGACGGCUUCAGCCCCAACAUCUGCGAAGCGGAGCGCCUCAUGGUGAUUGCGGAGAAUGAAAUGUACAUCACCGUCGCCCAGGGCGCGGCGGUGCGCUCCGUGACUCUGCCGGCAGCUGUCGUCGCGGAUCAGCUCCCGCGGCAGCCACUGCCUGUUGGGUUCCCAGACGAGGACAACAUCAUCCCCGACACCCUGUCCCUCAUGAACGCCGCGCUGAACCAAGCCCUGGGCACGUCGGACACCGUCGUGGAUGUUAACAGCCUGCAGGUUGACGACGAUUCGUGGGCCACGGACUUCGAGGUGCUGGUGCAGCAGCUGAGCUUUGACAAUGAAACCACGCCCGGGUUGGUUCGGAGCACGGACCAUCAGGCAGCCCAGAUGCUCGUGCGGCAGUACUACGACAGGACAGACGAGGUGGUGUACAUGGACACAAAUGUUGUGCCGUACUGCAGCAGCAGAAAGAUGUUGGAUUUGGAGCGUGGCAUCGUGGCGUUGGUGCGAGACUUGCUGAAGUUCCCGCUCAUCUACUCGGACGAGCCCCAGGCGGUCACCAUCAACGGUGUGCCGAACAUCACGACGAUGAAGCUUCUCAUGUCAGAGAGGUUUGCCAACGACACGACAAGCGCCAAGCUGGAAGAGGCGAACCUCACAGGGGCCUCAUUGAGGCUCAUUCGCGGCAUGUAUGACGACAACCACACCGCGAGGCUUGUAUUUCCCGACCCGCCGUACGACUUCUCGCAGAUCACCCCCGAACAGAUGCAGAAUGUGCGGUGGUUUAUCCUCAGUCGGGUGCAGGCGCGGCUUGAGGAGUGUGCGCAGCUCAUCCCUGGCGGCGACAGCGACGGCUGCAAUGCUACCAUCACAAACCGCACGGAGAAGCAGAUCCUGCAGCCACCCUUUAACACGCAGAGCGAGUAUGAGGUGUUCGUGCCGGAUUUCUACAAUUUCAACGCGACGCGAUGCGUCGAGGACAUGGACUGGGAUGAUCUCUUCUACCUACUCGGAAACUACAGCGAGAUCAAUAACCCGCCACCCGAGCCGCGCUGCAACCGUGGCUGCAUCAUCGGCGUUGCCAUUGCGGCGGCGAUUGUACUGACGGCGAUUAUUGCCGUUAUUGUGGUGCUCACGUCGAAGCGCAAGCGGCUUGCCGCUGUUGUGGCGCCCGCCCACCCGAAGUUCAAGGGCACGCUCGACGAGGAGGACGAGGAGCUGGGGUCGAGCAACCCGCUGGAUAGCUAUGGCAACGGUUCGGGACGCGAUAGGAUGUAA